AUGCCUUCAUAUUAUAAAUGGACUACAUUUAAAAAAACAAUGAGAAAUAGAAAUGAUUAUCCUAGCUUAAAAGUGUCAACACAUCCAUUGAAAGUAGAAAUAAUGAGUAUGAAACAAAGCAAAACUUUUAUUGAAAGUGUAAAUAAAUGGAGUGCAGCAUUUGAAGAGAUAGAUCCUUUGAUGAAAUUUGAGAAAAUGAAUGUUGACGAGGAUGUUGGUCCAACAACGGAUGGAGAUAUGAGUACUGAUUAUACAAAAUCUUGGAGCAAAAGGAAAACACACAUUUUAAGUAAAUUUACAACAGGAGAAAAAUUGACAAUUGUUAGCAGUUUCUUACCAGGUGGAGAAAAAGCUCUUAUUAGGCAAGUAUCAAAUUUAAAUGAGAAAGUAAAACAUAGGUUGGAGCAAUUAGACGAUUUUGAUGAAGGUUCAAUAAGGAAGACAAUGGGUCUUAGUCAACAGGAAUUUAUCACUAAAAUAAACAUGUUAGAUGAUGAAAUUACAAAGGCAUGGGAUUCUGAACAAAGAGUAAAGGCAUUUAAAAUUUGUAUACAGUGUUCAAAGUUACUUUCAGAUGUCAAUGUGAUGCAAUUUUAUCCAAGUAAAUUUAUACUGAUCAAUGACAUACUAGAUAAUUUUGGCGAUUUGGUAUUUCGCCGAUUGCAAAAAAAGAGUUGUGGGGUAGAUGUACAAUCACCAUUAGAUAUUGAUUCCAGUCUUGUCCCAGAGACAGCCAAAGAGACAUGUCAGAACUGGAUGUUUAAAAUGGCUUCAAUUAGAGAACUGCUGCCACGCUUAUACAUGGAAAUGUCUUUGUUGAAAUGCUAUGUCUUCAUAAAUAAGGAUGAAAUAACAUCGGCAAUAAAAAGGCUUACCACAAUGAUCAGAGGCAUUGGGAAUCCACUGGUGGCGAUUUAUUUAAGAGUUUAUUUAUGCAUUGUUGCUUCUAAACUUUUAGGCAAGCAGAGUGAGCAGUUCUUUCAUCAAAAUUUAAGAGAAUUUCUUGAUGAAUAUCAACAGAUUUUCCACCCAAUGAUGAAGAAGAAAUAUGAAACACAACUUUUGACACUCGAUCAAUAUCUAAAUCUCUAUGAGCCCGCAGUUAAUUGGUUGAUGUUAGGAGCGUUAAACCACCAUAAUUCCAAACCUGCUCUUUUGAAAGUAUUUCUCGAUCAAUGCGAUAACAUGGAAAAUAAUGAACUUUUAUUAGCUUGCAUUGUGUCGUCAUUCGACUCCGAGAGUAUUAUCGAACACUCGGCAAGAAUUUUAGAAUCAAUACAAAAAUCUGCCGAGAAAAUGGUACUCCUUAGCCACGUGUUGGGAUCGUUGGGCGAGCACCUUUGUAAUGCUGGCAACUACCGAAGGUUGCCGUCGGAAUCAUUGAGUCAGACCUGGUGGAAAAUUGCGAGCAACAUCAGAUCGACUGUCAACUUUCUACAAGUUCUCGAACCAUGGCUACAGUUCGCGUGCACGCGAUUGUCUACUCAGCACACGAACAUCAUUCUGCGAGGCACAAUUCGAUUCUUGCUCAAGGGCGGCAAGCCGGCUGAGGAAUUUUCAUCUAACUUCCAUUUAGUGAUCAGAAGAAUGCUGAAAUCCAUUCCUGAUGUGGAAGAAUUGUUUUUGAUGGACGCCUUUAUGCCAUUGCUGGAGUUGGUGCAAACAUCGAAUGCCCGGACGGCCAUAGCGAAGACGGUACUCUCUAUAUUCUUCGAGCGAUACAGCGCGGUGCACGUCGACGACCCGAUCCUGAUCUCGAGUCUCAUGAGACUCUGCUGCAUACUGCACGAUGCCAUCACCGCGGUCACUGUGGAGGACGAGAGCAAAGCGUGCGCCGAUUUGAUAAUUAAGUACGUGUACGCGGUAAAGCAUCAGGACGACUUUGAGCAGCAACUCAACUUUUACGUGGAGUGCCGUUCUGCUUUCAUCAAACUCGAUGCAGUUCUUGUUGCGCUGGUUCACGCCGUGAACGCGCUGGCGUGCCGGGCGAGCCGCGAGCGCGAGCGCUGGCUGCAGCGGGCGUGCGCCGCGUACUGCUUCGUGACGGUGCCGUCGCUGCGGUGCCCCUCGGCGCGGGCGCACCUCUACCUCGAGUCGGGGCAGGCGGCCCUGCUCGGCGGCUGCAUCGGCCAGGCUGAGGCCAAUUUCAAGGCAUUGGUCGGUAUCAUACCCGACAUCCCAGAGUUCGUGCAAGAAGACGGCCAAAAAAAGUCCACACACGACAGAUUAAUUGGCCUCCUCAGCAACUUUCUCUCUACAUUACUAAUAUUGCCUGAUAACGUGGAUAGUAACUGCAAGGCCUACGUGCUGAGCGGUUUUAUAAAAACUAUGGAAAGGAUACACUGGAAGAAAACGGAUCCGUUGUAUUAUAACUUGCUCCUUAAAACUUUGGAUUUGCUUUGUGAAAUGGCUCAGGAGAAAUAUACCUAUCACAUAGACUUUGUUAUAUCCAAUGACGAAUUAUACGGCUCCGAAGAGGAAUUCAUCGACAGUAUCGAGAAGUGCUCAACGAACAUUUGUCAGGAGCUGCUGGUUGUCCUCAAGCUGCUUGGCAAUAAUAAGGAGUCGAAGAAACAGUACAAUUUGGCCCUGGAAUUGUUUUGGCGAGUGACAAGGCGCGGAGACCUAAGAGAGCCGGCCAUGUCGAGUUUAGCCUACAAUUUGUGGACGUUGUCGCAGAAACUGCAGGAUUCGAAUAACAAGUUAGCGAAAUCAAUAUUGCGAUCUCUCGAGGGGGAGAAGGAUCCAGCAGUUCACCAACUUUAUGAAAAAUUAACACAAUUAUAUGAUAUCCGCACGGUCCAUGAUGCUAAUUAUAAAGUUUUUAAACCUGAAGAAAAAGACGAGGGAGAAAAUAUUUUAGCAGCCUUAAGAAAUGAUCCUACAGUGGCUGCUUAUUUUAAACCAACAGCAACGAACGUUGAAGUAGCACAUCCCUUUGAUUACCGCAAGGAAGAAUUAAUUGAUAAACCUGAUGACGAAAAAAAAUACAAGAUACAUACUUACAUUACAGGACCAUCUCGAAUUCGGCGGUACGCUGGGGGAAAGAAAAAAGAAAACUUGAGAAGAAACAGCGAAGAAGAUGAAGAUCCUUACAAUUAUAAAGCGGAAUAUAUCUCAAGACCUAAAGCCUUUGAUGAAAGUCCAUACAGUAGUGCAUAUAAAGAAGAGAAAAAUCCCAAAAAUGAUUACGAAUACCCUUAUAGUUAUGACUCAGGAUACGAUCACAAGGAGUAUGAAAGAAUAAAAGAGUUAUCUGAAAAACAAGCAGCAGAAAUCAAACAAAAUCCCGGCAACUGCAAAGAAGUAAAAAAAGACGGUAUGACGUGUAUGUCUUGUAAAGAUCCUAAAACAGGUGGUAACUAUGAAUCUUGCUCCUAUGUAACAGAACCAAAAAACAAUAAGUACGCCUACUCAAAAGAAAGAAAAUUUGACAGCAAUGAUGAACCAGAUGAACCUGAAAAUGAGCAGAAAGCAGAAAGGUCAGAAAAAUCACAAAAAUAUCAAGACGAUCAGAAAGUAAAAGAAAUUAAUGACAGUGAAAAGCCCUACGGUGAUUACAAAAAAGCAGAUGAAAAUGAUGGUGAGAGUCCUGGAAAAUAUAAAUCAUACUAUGUACACACAUCGGCUCCUAAGCCGAGUGAAGCUUUGCGUCUUGCCGAUGGUGAGGAAAACUCUGAUGAAAAUAAAGAAUCCCAUAUCAAGCCUUAUAAUUAUAAAAAGGCCCUGCCCGGUUUUUAUACCGACAAUGAGCCCAAAAAAGACGUAGAGCACGUUUUAGCUGAAUUCAAAAAAAAAGAUCGCUCGGCGUGUAAGAAAGUACAAAAGAACGGUAUGACUUGUUUUCAGUGUAUUGAUAAAAACGGCUUAAAACAUGAAGAAUGUAUGUUUGUAUCUGAAUCUGCACCCAAAGAGAGCCAUCUAGCUUAUCAAGAAGUAAAGGAAUUUACAUCUAAGCCUGCUACACUCGAAGACGGAAAUCAACCAGCUGAAAGCCAAACUGUAACAACCACUGCGCCUGUACAGAAAUCUGCUUCGUACGUUGUUGCUAACGGAGGUUACGGGAAGAAGUUAAAACGCAAAAAAGCUUCCCAGGGUGGCUUAGUUGUGGCUGCUGCUAAUCCUGUUUUAGCUGCAGUACCCGAUGUAUUAUCAUCGGUUCAGCAACCUGUAAAGUCGCAUAAAGUUAAAAGAAGUGAGGCAUCUGAACCCGAAUCGAACGCUGAAAUUGUUGAUGAAACCAACAUAGCACCUCCAGAAGAAUUUGCGGGCACGAAUUCUAAGGGCGCUUUCUGGGCUGAAACUAUGCCCCGAUAUAGUGCAGCUUUAGGCGUCACCCUGCCAGAAUAUAUGCUUUCAAGAUCGGAACAUGAAGCUCUAUUUGACGAAGCUGUUGCGGGAGCG